GCCCGAAAACAUACUCUCUCUCUCGCAAAGGCUGGACAGUCGGCGAAGAAGGGAGAGGGAGACAAAAAGGCCAAAACCAAUGGACCACUCGGAAGCGACCGACCGACCGACCGACCUACGAGCCUAGCAGCUCAGCAGCCAGGGAGUUAGCCUGCCAAGCCUAGCACCAUCUAGCUGUGCAUUGUCUAGGUAAGCUACUACAAAGUAGUCAAGCGGGAAACGGAGGCAGGAACCACGGCUGAAUGGAACGCACGAAUACCACGAAGCGACAAAUCAUAAACCAGCCACCUUGGUUGGCGUCGCUCGUGUCUCCGUUGUUGAGUACUACGACUACUAUUGAGCUCGGAUCAUCAUUGGGCUUUUAUUCGAAGGCGAAAAACGAAAGGAAUUUCCUCCUCACGAAGAAUAGCAUCAUUAUUGCUCUCGUGCUAUCAAAGGCCACUUCAACCAGAAACUCGGCUUCUCGGGUGGCCUUUAUCUUGAUACAAGUUUCUCUCUCUCUCUGUCUCUCUCGGACAUCUUGGGCAACUCCUGGGGGUAAUUGAAUUACAUUCCCGUGUUCUUCGCCAAAGGAUUGUUUGUCCUUCAUCGAGGAAACCGGCCAAGACCAAGCGAGUUGUGGAUAAAACAGAAAGUGCCUUCGCGUUCGUUUAACGUUGGGUUUGUUCGGUUCAUUCACGAGCCAUCGAAGACCAACAAGUCUCUCCGUGUUCCCAGUCGUUCCUAACUGAUAUUGGAUAAAGUGAAAAGACUAGGUCGUUCAUUCGAUUAGCACCCAGAAACAGGGGUGGAAAGCAAAAGGAUUUAUCGGGUCCAAGCACCAACAGCCUCCGUUUAGUCUACGCUCGCUUCAUUACCAUGAUCAGUUUGAGAUUGUGCGCCAACGAGUGUUUGUUCUGGUUCCUCUUGAUUAUGAUUUCCUACCAUAGGGCUCGAGCUCAGGGCCCACAUCCCAUGAGUGAACCACAGAUUGGGCUCCAUCCAUACAAUCGACCCAUUCAGUUUCCCAAUGGAUUCACGCCCAAUCCCAGCUCGACCAAAAAGGUCCACCAAAUGCCGACCACCCAGGAAUACGAAGAUGACGAAAAGCCAAUUCCAAUCGUGGAUGUGCAUGCCGUCAUUGGCCGUAAAGCCGAGCUUCCCUGUGACAUCGACCCGAGUGACCCGAAAGAUGACGUGUACCUCGUUCUUUGGUAUCGCCACGAGGCCGGGAAGCCUCUCUAUAGUUUCGAUGUGCGUGGUCGGGACUCUGAGGAUGGGAAACAUUGGUCUGCCAACGAACCCUUUGGGAAUCGGGCAUUUUUUCGCGUCGGAACCGAUCCCACAUUCCUAUUGAUCAACGAUGUCCGCUUGGAUGAUGAAGACGUGUAUCGUUGUCGGGUUGAUUACAGGAAUUCUCCAACGAAGAACAUGAAACUCAAUCUGACAGUUGUAGUGCCUCCGAAUUCACCGAGGAUUAUUAGCGAGGAUCGCCGAAUCGACACUUCCAAAGCGAUUGCCGGCGUCUAUCAGGAAGAUGAUGUCAUGCGAUUAAAAUGCGAUGUGGUGGGAGGUCGACCUUUGCCCUCGGUGACUUGGUGGAUCAACGGGAAUCUGAUCGACGAUACCCACUUCAAUGAAGGCACGGACACCGUGGUCAAUCGGUUGCAAGAAAUGAAGGCCGAAAGACAUCUGGAUGGAGCUCAAAUCGAGUGCCGUGCUUCAAACAACAAUGUCAGCCAGCCCCAGUCACGCAUACUUGAGAUAAAAAUCAACCUGAGACCAGUCUCCGUGUCCAUCAUACAGAAGCCGGAAUACGUGCGAGUGGGACAAGAGUAUGAAUUGGUUUGUCAGGCCUUUGGUUCCAAACCCGAAGCCAUCAUCACCUGGUACAAAGGUCGUGAAGUGGUCCACGACGAGCGUGUCACCUCUCAUUACCAAGAGAAUCCCGAGGUGACGAAUAGCUUACUCAAAUAUCGACCGCGUCGAGCUGACAAUGGAAAGCGAAUCACUUGUCGAGCUCAAAACCCCGCCAUGCCCUUGUCGGCCAUUGAGGACUCGCUUGUACUGGCCGUCAUGUAUCCACCUAUCGUUCAAUUAGGCUUGGGCCGAUCAAUCCAACCCGAUGAUAUCAAGGAGCGUGAUGACGUCUAUUUCGAAUGCGAUGUCAAAGCCAACCCUCCAAUUCAAGGCAUCGAAUGGCAACAUAACGGCAAAACUUUGGAGCACAAUGUGGCGCGUGGCGUAAUUCUCAGCAAUCAGAGUUUAGUCAUCCAAAGGAUAUCUCGAGAUGACGCGGGAGAAUAUGUUUGCAAGGCCGAAAAUGCUCAUGGAGCAGGAAAAAGCAACCCAGUUCUUCUCGGCAUCAAAUAUCGACCAGUCUGUCAACACGGUGGCGAAUCGCCACAAUUUGGCGUUGUUCAAGGCGGAAACGUGACCCUUCAAUGUGACGUUUUGGCCAAUCCGCCUGUUCAUCAAUUUCGUUGGUGGGUGAAUAAAGACGGUAAAGCCAUCGAGGUCCGACCGGAGGACAUACGCUCCCUGGAGAGCUCAAGCUCGAUUGUCUAUUCGCCAGAGAGUGAACUGGACUACGGGUCCGUAAGUUGCAUGGCCACAAAUACCAUUGGGAGACAAAAUCAUCCAUGUACCUUCAUUAUCACGGCUGCCACCAAGCCUCGGAGGCCCGAGAAUUGCAAUGUUCACAAUUCCACCAACGGUGGUGGUCAUCAAAUUCUUGAACUCAAAUGCGAUCCACCUUACGAUGGAGGCUUGGAUACUAGUUUUGUAUUGGAGAUAUACGAUACCAAAACGAAUCGGCUCAGGCACAACUUCACUAGCCAAAGAGCGCCUCAUUUUGUCCUCCGUGACCUCCGCAGCCUCCAUCCCCUGCGUUUUCGCCUAUACGCUGUGAAUGCCAGGGGUGUGAGCGAGAAUAGCGAGAUUCCCGUCGUAAUGGUGAAUCAACCUGAAAAGCAUACCGAUACAAUCACCGUGUCAUCCGGAAUAAAUACCGAUUCCAUAGUGUUGAUGAUUUGCGGCCUGGCCAUUGCUCUCCUCAUCGUUUUGUUCUUCGUCGGACUUGUCAUCCAUCGCAGACAGGGACUAAGCAAGAAACUUUUGGAUUGCCACGCCACUAAUUCCAACCCAACAAGUGAAUCUCCCAAUGCCAAUGCUAGCAAAGUUCAAUCCAUCACCGCUGAAUCAUCAAACCCAAACAAAUCGCAAAUAUUCAAGAAUGAAGCCCUGCCCGACCCGGACCCACGAACCAAAUCCACUUUGUCGUUUAACCCCGGAACGUUGAAACCUACAGAAGGAGCUGAUAUCAACUUGCAAUCGAGAUUGAUUGAUCCACGGUCUGGGGCAUCCAUCGCGCAACAGACAAAGCCCAUUUUGAAAACCUCCUCGCACAUUGAUGCCGCGUUGACCCCCGCGCCUCCUUAUAGUCACGCCCCAAUACAUCCCACAGGCUCCAAUGCAGGCAAUUGGUACCCGAACCCAAUGGAUCAAGAUGCUGCCGUGUGGAUUGCCAGAGAGCACGGACAGUAUUACUAUCCUCCGUGCGGAACUCUCCCAAAUAAACGAGCUCAAUUGAGCCAAAAAUCCCACGGAGGUCAUUCCGACACCAAAAUGACAUAUCCAGAUUUCUACCCAAAGUCUAAUACAUUAAAUCGGAGGCGUCCAAUGCAAGCCGGCCCUCAUGAUACUUCCACUUACUCUCCACACACCUCAGGUCACAUUGGCCUGCCCAUGAACUCAUCUAUGUCUAUUGGGCAUCAAUCCCAUCAAGCUAAAUCCGGAUCUCUCACUUUGGCGAAUGACUCUCGCCGAUUACGCUACAAUAGCUCAGUCCGAGAUCUUGAGACUGAUACCGAGUAUCUUUUACAUGGAGAGGACAAAGGCUCCCAAAACAAAACCAAUUACAUGUCCAAGAACCCUAGGAGCACUUUCUUGGAUGAAAACAUCCAUGUUUAGACUAUUUCGGACGCUUAACAUUUUUUCGGAUGAAUGUGUACAAUUGCAUAUCUUCAACGAAGCCGAAACCUACCACAACGAGGCUAAACUCAUAUCUAUUAACCUGAUGCAUUAUCAUCGAUUGCAAUGCUUUUUGUCAGAUGUAUGACUUGUUAAUGAACCUAGUUUAAAUAUCUUCUUCUUGAAACUCCACGUCAUGUUAUCCAAAUAUCAGUAUACCAGAUUUUAUUAUGAACUAUUAUGAAUGCUCGCUCUUAAGUGAAUGCUUCCUCUCCAAGAUAGACGAAGUCCUUCAGACCGUGGGUUGUUUGAUUGUCGACUGCGAUUGUAGUUCAGAUGGGAAAUUGUGUCGAAUAAAUGACCCGUAAGUCAUAUUAACUAA